ACAGCGUAUGUCAACCUAAAAGAUAUUCGAUAAAAUAAACAUUCAUAUAUAUUCUUUCAUGUGUAUUUCAUGAUAUCUGAACUGAACGAUUCUAAGUAAAUCGGAAUAAUUGAUUUCGAUUCUAACAAGUGUCAUUGCUAACCUUUUAAAAUGGAAACAAAUUUAAUACAAACUUCAAUUUUUAAAAUUUCAUAUGGAUCUCGUUUGGAUUGUUAACGCUGUAAACGCUUAUAUGUUUUGAACUAAAAACUACCUUCAUUUAAAAAGGUAAUAACAACAUUUGGAACCAGAUAUUAAAGCUUUUCGAGAAAGUGCACCACAAUGGCGAUUGACGUGGAGUUGUUAUUUACCGCAUGCGUCCUCUCAGUUGUUCUUGUUCAAUAUUCUGAAGCGGCCCCAGUGUUUACGUCACCCGCUACGCCAUUGACGUCAACGGCCACGAUCGAAGAAUCUGACGUCACCGGCACCAACGUCAUGACGUUGGCUGCUACUGAGGCCGUAACGUUUACCAUUGGGUCUCAAUCGCCGUCAACACCAACCAAAUUUGGCAUUUCUGGUGGAGUGACGUUGGUGACGUCAGAUACGUUUGAUUAUGAGGCAGGAGAGACGUCGUAUAUUCUUGAGAUAGUGGCAACGUCAAGUUCAGACAGCACUCAAUCGACGGCGACCGUCACUAUCAACGUCAACAAUGUCAACGACAACAUACCCGUGUUGUCCCCCAACUUCUAUUUUGCCACAGUGGCUGAAAACACGGCGUCUGGAUCUUCCAUAUCGCUUCUUACCGUCACCGAUGCCGACGGCGACGCCCUGACAAUCACUGUAGCCGCCGGUGACGACGCCAGCAACAAGUUUACGUUCAACUCCGGUAACCCCAAACUGAUCGAGACGUCAUCCAACGCCAUCGACUAUGAGACGUUAUCUGGCGCGAACUACAAGUAUACGUUGGUUGUAGAAGCGACGGAUGGAACAAAUACCGGGACCGCUACCGUCAUUGUCACGGUCACAAACGUGAACGAGGCUACCCCGUCGUUUGUCACGGCCAGUUUCAGUCCGGCGUACACAUCGGCAACGACAGCGUACAAUAUAGAUGAGACAUCUGCCGUCGGGACGUCCAUUGUGACGGUGACGGCAUCCGACGCCGACAUUGGAGCGGCGGGAGAAGUGGAGUACAGCGUGGGGACCAUAACAAAAAGUACCGGUUCUGCGACUACGGGGAUUUUCGGCGUGGAUCCAUCUUCCGGCGUCCUCUCCACUAUCGUAACCACAUUGGAUUGUGACACGGCGACCGGUGGGCUUGCGUAUUAUGACGUCACCAUUAUUGCGUCAGAUAAAGGAUCCCCGGUUAACUCCGCCACCAUCCAAGUCCGUGUGGGCCUGGUUGACGUCAACGAUAACACUCCCACGUUCGCACAGAACGUUUAUACAGUGUCGAUACCGGAAACAACCGCUGCGACGACCAGUUUGUUGACGUUGACCGCCACGGACGACGACGUUACGGCUGCCGCGUUGACGUUUACGUUAGAAACGUCUAGUUCACCGUCAGCGUAUGCGUCCAAAUUUGAACUGGACUCAACCACAACAAAUCAGCUCAACUUGUUGGCCGCCGUUGACCUAGACGUCGGUGACGCCUCCUCCUACAUUCUUGUCGUGUCGGUUGCUGACGGCGGCUCCCCGGCGCUCACCAGUACCACUUCCGUCAUCGUCACUGUCACUGCCGUAAACGAUGCGGCGCCGUCCGUCACCGGAGCCACUGUCGCUAUUGACGAAUCAACGGCCGUUGGCGGUGCUGUCAUAACUGUUGCUGCGACGGAUGCUGACACAGGAGCUGAUGGGGAUUUAACUUUUUCUAUCAGUCUGGGCAACUCUGCCGGAAAAUUCGCCAUUGACCCGACGACCGCCGCCAUCAGCGUUGCUGGAAGCCUGGACUACGAGACGACCACCCAGUACCUGCUCACAGUGAAGGCGACGGACGGAGGUUCCACCGCUCAGACCGGAAGUGCCACCAUCACCGUAAACAUCAAUGACAUCAGUGACCAGGCACCCACGUGUUCUACAAACUCCUACCAAAUUUCCAUUGACGAACCUGGAACCGUUUCGUCUGUAAAUUACGUAUCUCUUGCAUGCACUGACACCGAUGCCGUUGACACGUUGACGUAUUCCAUAGCGUCAGGGAACACUGGAACGGCGUUCAGUAUUUCAGCGUCUGGCGAAAUAACAUUAGCUUCCGCACUUGACUAUGACGCGGGGACUCAGAAUUUCGUCUUAAGCGUCCAAGUAACAGACGGGACCAACACGUUAACGAUCCCGGUCACUGUUGACGUCAAUCACGUGAACGAGGCUGCGCCUUCCGUCACAGGAAACACCGUCAGCAUCGACGAAUCAACGGUUGUUGGCGGUGCUGUAACGACUGUCGCGGCAACGGAUGCUGACGCGGGAAAUGACGGAGAUCUGACUUAUUCUAUUAUUUUGGGCAACUCUGCCGGCAAGUUUGACAUUGACCCGACGACCGGCGCCAUACGCGUGACCGGAAGUCUGGACUACGAGACGACCACCCAGUACCUGCUCACAGUACAGGCAACGGACGGCGGCUCCCCCGCUCAGUCUGGAAGCGCCACCGUCACCGUCAACAUCAAUGAUAUAAGUGACCAGGCCCCCACGUGUUCAACAAACUCCUACCAAAUAUCUAUUGACGAACCUGGAACCGUUUCGUCCGUUAAUUACGUAUCUCUUGCAUGCACUGACACCGAUGCCGUUGACACGUUGACGUAUUCAAUAGCGUCUGGGAAUACCGGAACGACGUUCAGUAUUUCUGCGUCUGGCGAAAUAACGUUAGCUUCCGCACUUGACUAUGACGCGGGGACUCAGAAUUUCGCCUUAAGCGUCCAAGUAACAGACGGGACCAACACGUUAACGAUGCCGGUCGCUGUUGACGUCAACCACGUGAACGAGGCUGCGCCUUCCGUCACAGGAAACACCGUCAGCAUCGACGAAUCAACGGUUGUUGGCGGUGCUGUAACGACUGUCGCGGCAACGGAUGCUGACGCGGGAAAUGACGGAGAUCUGACUUAUUCUAUUAUUUUGGGCAACUCUGCCGGCAAGUUUGACAUUGACCCGACGACCGGCGCCAUACGCGUGACCGGAAGUCUGGACUACGAGACGACCACCCAGUACCUGCUCACAGUACAGGCAACGGACGGCGGCUCCCCCGCUCAGUCUGGAAGCGCCACCGUCACCGUCAACAUCAAUGAUAUAAGUGACCAGGCCCCCACGUGUUCAACAAACUCCUACCAAAUAUCUAUUGACGAACCUGGAACCGUUUCGUCUGUUAAUUACGUAUCUCUUGCAUGCACUGACACCGAUGCCGUUGACACGUUGACGUAUUCAAUAGCGUCUGGGAAUACCGGAACGACGUUCAGUAUUUCUGCGUCUGGCGAAAUAACGUUAGCUUCCGCACUUGACUAUGACGCGGGGACUCAGAAUUUCGCCUUAAGCGUCCAAGUAACAGACGGGACCAACACGUUAACGAUGCCGGUCGCUGUUGACGUCAACCACGUGAACGAGGCUGCGCCUUCCGUCACAGGAAACACCGUCAGCAUCGACGAAUCAACGGUUGUUGGCGGUGCUGUAACGACUGUCGCGGCAACGGAUGCUGACGCGGGAAAUGACGGAGAUCUGACUUAUUCUAUUAUUUUGGGCAACUCUGCCGGCAAGUUUGACAUUGACCCGACGACCGGCGCCAUACGCGUGACCGGAAGUCUGGACUACGAGACGACCACCCAGUACCUGCUCACAGUACAGGCAACGGACGGCGGCUCCCCCGCUCAGUCUGGAAGCGCCACCGUCACCGUCAACAUCAAUGAUAUAAGUGACCAGGCCCCCACGUGUUCAACAAACUCCUACCAAAUAUCUAUUGACGAACCUGGAACCGUUUCGUCUGUUAAUUACGUAUCUCUUGCAUGCACUGACACCGAUGCCGUUGACACGUUGACGUAUUCAAUAGCGUCUGGGAAUACCGGAACGACGUUCAGUAUUUCUGCGUCUGGCGAAAUAACGUUAGCUUCCGCACUUGACUAUGACGCGGGGACUCAGAAUUUCGCCUUAAGCGUCCAAGUAACAGACGGGACCAACACGUUAACGAUGCCGGUCGCUGUUGACGUCAACCACGUGAACGAGGCUGCGCCUUCCGUCACAGGAAACACCGUCAGCAUCGACGAAUCAACGGUUGUUGGCGGUGCUGUAACGACUGUCGCGGCAACGGAUGCUGACGCGGGAAAUGACGGAGAUCUGACUUAUUCUAUUAUUUUGGGCAACUCUGCCGGCAAGUUCGACAUUGACCCGACGACCGGCGCCAUACGCGUGACCGGAAGUCUGGACUACGAGACGACCACCCAGUACCUGCUCACAGUACAGGCAACGGACGACGGCUCCCCCGCUCAGUCUGGAAGCGCCACCGUCACCGUCAACAUCAAUGACAUAAGUGACCAGGCCCCCACGUGUUCAACAAACUCCUACCAAAUAUCUAUUGACGAACCUGGAACCGUUUCGUCCGUUAAUUACGUAUCUCUUGCAUGCACUGACACCGAUGCCGUUGACACGUUGACGUAUUCAAUAGCGUCUGGGAAUACCGGAACUACGUUCAGUAUUUCUGCUUCUGGCGAAAUAACGUUAGCUUCCGCACUUGACUAUGACGCGGGGACUCAGAAUUUCGCCUUAAGCGUCCAAGUAACAGACGGGACCAACACGUUAACGAUGCCGGUCGCUGUUGACGUCAACCACGUGAACGAGGCUGCGCCUUCCGUCACAGGAAACACCGUCAGCAUCGACGAAUCAACGGUUGUUGGCGGUGCUGUAACGACUGUCGCGGCAACGGAUGCUGACGCGGGAAAUGACGGAGAUCUGACUUAUUCUAUUAUUUUGGGCAACUCUGCCGGCAAGUUCGACAUUGACCCGACGACCGGCGCCAUACGCGUGACCGGAAGUCUGGACUACGAGACGACCACCCAGUACCUGCUCACAGUACAGGCAACGGACGGCGGCUCCCCCGCUCAGACCGGAAGCGCCACCGUCACCGUUAACAUCAAUGAUAUCAGUGACCAGGCACCCACGUGUUCUACAAACUCCUACCAAAUAUCUAUUGACGAACCUGGAACCGUUUCGUCUGUUAAUUACGUAUCUCUGGCGUGUACUGACACGGAUGCCGUUGACACGUUGACAUAUUCCAUAGCGUCGGGAAAUACUGGGUCGAAGUUCAACAUCAGCCCAGCUGGUGUAAUUACGUUGGCAUCUGCCCUAGACUACGACGCGGGAACGCAGAACUUUGCUGUGUCAGUCCAAGUAACAGACGGCACAACAACGUUAACGAUUCCCGUCACAAUCGUCGUCAAUCCCGUCAACGAGGCCACUCCGACGUUCGGCGCAGACGUGGACGUUACGUUCGCGGAAAACACGGCAGUUGGUACGUCGCUGGCGACACACGCUGCCACCGACGCUGAUGCUUCGCCUCAUGCAGUUGUCAGCUACUCGAUCAGUUCAGUAUCAAACAGCGGUUCAAGUAAAUUCAGCAUUGACCAUAAGACUGGUGAACUCAGUCUGGCUCAGAUGUUGGACUACGAGACGGCUACAAACUACGUAAUCACCGUUCUCGCCGUCGAUGGAGGGUCGCCCACACCUAACACGGGAACAGGAACAGUUACGAUACAGGUGUCAGACGUGAACGACAACGUACCGACGUGUUCAGCGUAUGCCCACGUUUUAACGGUGGCGGAAGACACUGCAACGACCACGGCGGUGAUAUCUGACCUGGGAUGCACUGAUGGCGAUGGUACCACACCGACAUACUCCAUCGCCACUCAGACGCCCAUGAACCACUUCUCCAUAGACACCACUGGGGCUACUCCUGCACUGGUCGUGGGGUCUGCCUUGGAUUUUGAAACCAAUACAGCGUAUAACAUCGAAAUCACAGUAAGCGAUGGAAGUCUCUCAACAAUCGUGCACGUUGACAUAGAAAUAACGGACGUAAACGACGGCGGGCCGACAUUCGCCCUGGCCACAUACAGCUGGACCCUUUCAGAGGAUGAAAACAUUGGAGCAUCGCUAUUAACCGUUACUGCUACGGACCCAGAUUUAUCGACCAGCGAGUUUGGGAGACUGACAUUCUCGAUUACUGCUGGGAACAGUGAGAAGAAGUUCAUUAUUAAUCCUCAAACAGGAAAGGUCAGUCUUGCCGGACCUUUGGAUUAUGACUCUACUACAUCCUACUCUCUGACUCUUCAAGUCAGCGAAGAAUCUGGAGGAAACACGGACACCGCGACUUUGGAUAUAACGGUCACUAAUGAGAAUGACAACAUCCCAUCUUGCACGUCAGAAAUGACCUAUACAAAGGUGAUUGCUGAGGAAGGGACUGUGAAUGAUGUGAUGUAUACCAUGACGUGUUCUGACAUCGAUGGUGAUACACUGACCUACACAAUUGGAUCUGGUGAUACGAAUUAUUUCAAGAUUGACGGCUCAGAACUGCAGCUAAAGGCGUCCAUAGACUACGAUACUGUUACAUCUAGUCAGUAUGACCAUACCAUUGAGGUUUCCGACGGCGACAAUACCAUAGAGGUCAAGGGAAGCGUUGUGGUCACUGCUGUUAAUGAAGCAGACCCAUUGAUUACGUCAGGUACUACUCUGUCAAUAGCGGAGACAGAGGCUGUGGGAACGAGCGUGUACCAAGCCGCUGCUACAGAUGCAGAGACAGGCGGUCAUGGUGAGCUGCGCUACUACAUCGGGGGAGGAAACACUGGAGAUGCAUUCUCAAUAGAUCCGAUAACGGGAAAUAUGUAUGUUGCACAGAAGCUUGACUAUGACGCCGGUACCACGUCGUAUUCUUUGACUAUAAAAGUGGAAGACAUGGAAUCAUCUGGUACAGACACUCGGACUUCCUCAAUAACCUUAGUUGUAACAAUAACGGACGAUAAUGACCAAACACCAAUAUUUACUCAGAACCUGUACACAGCUAAUUUAGACGAAAAUGUAGCCAAUCCAACGACAGUGCUGACAGUGGCUGCCACAGAAACAGACACUGGUGCAAGUGGAACAAUAACAUAUUCUAUCAAAUCGGGAACGGGGACAUCUCGUUUUACCAUUGAUGAAACAACUGGAGUAAUAAGCACUAAUGCCGAUAUUGACUUUGAAGUUCUUUCUUCCUACGACCUUAUAGUUGAAGCAAAAGACAGUGGUGCCUCGCCUUUAUCUUCAACAUGCUACGUUCGUAUCACGAUCAUUGACAUGAAUGACAAUACACCAGUGUUUCCAGGUGAAAAUAUUGCAGUUUCCAUUUCUGAAGCCACCGCGCCUGACACAGAGGUGACUGUCGCGUUGGCGACUGACUCGGACUCCGUCUACGGGAAUAACAACGUUAUCGUCUACUCGUUUUCUACUGUUCAAGCAAAGUUUAAAAUCCACCAAAAUACAGGGAGUAUAACUGUCAAAGAUACCCUUGACAGGGAAACAGCCACAAGUCACACUUUCAUCGUCUUUGCGACAGACCAAGGAACCAACCCUCAAGCGAAUACAGGUAGUGUUACCUAUACCGUUUAUAUGGAUGAUGAAAAUGAUAACGAUCCUGUGGUUCAGAGUACACCGUACGAUAAGACUGUGGCUGAAGACACACCAAUUAACACUGUGGUUUACACAUUAACUGUCACUGAUAAUGAUGAAAAUGAAAACGCCCAUCUGACGUAUGAAAUUACAAAUGGAAACACUAAUAGCGAUUUUUACAUAGACUCUGCAUCAGGGCUGAUCCAGUUUGUAAAUGUUCUUGACAGAGAAACGACGGACUUGUAUAAACUGGAAGUAACGAUCACUGACAGCGGUUCUGCCCCGCGUAGUACGAGCGUUACCGCUACUGUAACGAUAAGCGACGUCAAUGAUAAUAACCCGAUCUUCCAGCCAGGCGGAACAGACACGUAUAAUUUCAGUAUAUCAGAACAUCAACCAGCGGCGACGCUUGUAGAUCUCGUGGACACUACUGACGCUGAUAUCGAUGCAAACGGCGCCGUAACAUACCAGAUCGCUUACUGGAUCGACGGUAACAGCACUCACUUUGAUCUGGACUCAAGUAGCGGAGCUAUCACCACUGAGUUUAAUUUGGACAGAGAAACGUUUGAUUUAUAUACAUUCGUUGCACGUGCUACCGAUGGUGGUACCAAUCCAUUAACGGCGACCGCUACUGUUACAAUUCAUAUUCUUGAUUAUAACGAUAACAAACCAACGUUCACGUCGAUACUUUACACGGGAACAGUCAUAGAAAAUACCGCGACGGGCACAAGCAUUCUCACGUUAGUAAUUGAUGAUAUUGAUAUUCUUGUGAACGACGACAUAACGCUCUCAAUAACCAAUGACGCCACAGCAGAUUUUUACCUCGCUACUGCCGACGAUACGUUUAUUAUAUCAGUAGAAACGCCUAUAGAUAGAGAGACAAUCGAUUACUUCAAUUUCACGUUAACGGCAACAGACGGCGGAUCACCAGCGUUAUCAUUUACCACAUCAAUAGAAAUUACGGUACUUGACGUGAAUGACAACGAGCCGUUGUUUUCACCGACGUUUUACAGCAAAGAGAUAGCGUACAAUGACGGUUGUCAAUUGACAGCGGCAACGUUGACGGCAAGUGACGCUGAUAUCGGCGUAAAUAAAGAUUUUACCUUCUCUGUUACACAGAACGAUAACCCAGAGCUGUUCGAACUAAACUCGGUUACAGGUGACAUUACGUUGAUUGCCACGGCCUAUCCAGGCACCAAAUAUGAAUUCUACGCUUCCGCAACUGACGAAGGAAGUCCGGCGUUAACGUCAACGCAAGGAGCGACGGUUCGCAUUGACGCCUAUAAUCCUGAUGCUGUGGUUUUAAACUACUAUAUGAGUAUUUCCAGAGCCACUUUUUUGACAAUGGAAUCGACGUUUUUCACCUUACUAACGACAGUGUUUCAACAAACGUACUCCACCUCAGAAGUGAAACGGUGGUGUGUGGCGGAAAUUAGCAGCAGCUCCUGUAUUGUCCGUUCGUAUGUGAUAAAGGACAAUACCGCCGACGAGUUUUCUGAGCUCGGCAACGAUAAAGUGUUUUUGUCAGUGGACGAGGCGUACACUAUAGCCGCCCUUGAUGACGUAGGUACUCCGGCAGGGGAUAUUACUGGGCCGUCGUGGACAACAUUUGGCAUCUACAAAGUGGAGAAGUACGUCACACCUGAAGUUGAGAUUUCAUGGAUCCGGACGACGGCCGGCAUCGUAACGGUGUCCCUCGCAUGCGGAGGUGCUUUUAUCCUUUUACUUGCCGGAACCGCUGUCGCCGUUUACAAGUACCGCCACCGCAAACGAACACCAAUCAGCCGGGCGGAGGAGACAGAAAAUCGCGUUGACCGCCGGAAGCCAGCAAGGAGACCCAAAGAGAAGCCCAUGUUCCAGGCGUCACCAUCCGAAGGUCUGGUGAAACCGUACGAUAAGGCAAACCUGCCGCCAGCCAUUGUGGCGCUACCGCUGCCUAAUUCACAGCCGCAAACCGCUAGGACCCGAGGGCCAGCACCAAGACCGCCACGACAAAGGGAAAUGAAGUUACACAGCGCCAACUCUGACUGGGACGAGCCGCCCCAAUUUACGCAUGGACGCCUAAACCACGAGUCGCCACAUCCUGUCCCCAAACCGCCCGUUUACGAGCCGCCUGCCUCACCGUCCCGGGCUCUUCUUUACACCCCUCCCAGGAAUCAGAUCACUCCUGUCGAAAUCCACAUUGAUACCCCGCCGCCGAGCGUCACUCCGCCGCCCAUACGAAAACCGGAUCUGGUGAAUACCAGGAACCUCCCACUUCAAACUGACAUAAAGCAGCCGACGCCUUUUAUCGAUGACGCGCCUUCUUUCAAAACUCCACCGGCUAAGGAACCCUUCAUUGAUAAAAAUUAUGUGGUCACCAAUAGAAAGUUCGACGGUCGGGCAAUAGAUCCGGUGUCAGGCCGAAUGUUCGAGUUCAACACGAAGACGAAUGAACGUCGAUUUCUCACGCCAGAACCUAAAAAUUAAUUAAAUGACGUCAUGUUCGAUAUUUCUCCUUUCUUUGUUUUAGAAAAAAAGAUAAAAAGUGUAAAACUGCUAUAAAUAACCUAGGAAUAUGAUAAUGUGGAAUUGACGGUCAGCUUUGUGAACCUCAAGGAACAGAGAGUUGGUUGCAAGGACGAUAUUGUGAAUACAUGUAAUAACUUAAUGCUUUAUACGUUACCCAUUAUAAUCAAUAUUAUGAGUCUGUUUUGAACUUGAUCGUUAUUAAAGUUUCAAAAACUA